UCUUUUCUACUGUAUAUCCCAUCAUUUUAAUUUUUUCCCGAUCAAAAACAACAACAAUAAUGGCUUUCCUCACCCGCCGUACCUCUCUCGUCGGCCUCUACAAUCGCCACCGUCCAAUUCCACCGCUCACUCCGCAAUCCAAUUCCUUCAACGCCACCGCUUACUAUCUUCUCUUAUGCCUAAACCCAAAUCGUAGCAGAAACCAGUGGCUCAGCACCGGUGCCGAGUCGACUCCGUCCGAACUCGCAGGCAAAAACGCCUACGAACUCCUAGGAGUCUCGGAAACCAGCUCGUUCGCAGAAAUCAAAGCCUCGUUCCGUAAAUUGGCCAAAGAAACCCACCCCGACCUCGCUCAAACGCACAACCAUUCCUUUGCUUCCGAUCAGUUCGUUCGAAUCCUCGCUGCUUACGAGAUACUCUCGGAUUCUGAGAAGAGGUCGCAUUAUGACAGGUACCUUUUAUCUCAAAGAAUGCGUGUUCAGAGAUGUUCUGAGCAAUUUUCAAUGAUGUACACAUAUGAAACAAACAGAAUAUCUGUGAAGCAGAUGGAAGUUGUUGAAUGGCUAAAAUGGUAUAGAUGUGCUUUAAAUGAGAUUUUGUCAGAGAAAAGAGUAGUGGUUGGGUCAGGCUACUUUGACAUACUGGAAAGGGACUUCUAUUCAGCUAUACAUGCAGCAUAUUACGGCCCUGAUAUUGAGUCUGUGAACCUCCUCCCUGAUUGUUUUGAAGCUGAGGAGAGGUCGACCUAUGAGUCUCCAGAAGUGUUGCACUUGGUUUCAGGGCGUGACCUUUUUGGAAUGAUAUGCCUAGCUGACAAGGUUCCUGAAUUAUCACAAUCCUACAAUGAAAGACUGACAUCUUUUGAAGCUACGGAGAAUCCUGAUGUUGGAAUUCGUGGGAUGCAAGCAAAAAAGAACGAUUACCACACAUCAGAUGCAUAUAAGGAUCUAGAAUUUCAUGUUUCAGGGAAGAUGGUUGCUGUGGCUACCAGAGUCCUGCCUAAAAGCUGUUAUGGUGGGAUGAGAAAUGAAGAUUCUCAGGAUCACAUACAUGUUUAUCUUAUUUCACAGGAAGAUCCAAUAUACACGAGCAAAGGAAGUUCUAUAGCCACCAUUGCAGGGUCUAGGAUUCCAUUGGGAACAAUAAUUGGGUUAGGAACCAACCCUGAAGAAGGGUCUUGUUUUUUCUACGAUACGAAUAGAACAAAAACCCACGUGAUUAUGAAGCAUCGGACGCUACUGGUAAAACACUUGCACUGGUAUCAAGUUGGUGAUAGAGUCUCCGUGGCCGAAUGUAGAUGCAGCAGAGCUCGGUUACCACCAAGCAAAUUUUGGCUGUUUGAGCCUCGCUGUGGCAUGCAUGACAUUGGUGGUUGGUAUGUGGAGACAUUUGGCAGAGACAGGAAGGGCCGGACUGUCCCAUCUAGAAGGUAUUGGGAUGGGUUUGAUGUGGACGAAAAGUUUGACAAGAGAUUACAUCCAGCAAUUUAUUUGCUUGCUCUUGCUUAUCGAACUCUAGAUCUUGAAGAUGCAAAAAGAAGGAAACAAUCUAUGAAAGAUAUCGUUGAAGGAAAAUUGUCAGGAAUAAUCACUUGGUGCAAGAAACUUGUAUAGGUAGGACUAAUAUGGGGUUUUGGCAUGAAAAGGACUUUCAACUCUUGUUCGCAGCAAGUAGUUCACUUCUGCUGCCUACCUAACAGUAUUUGUUCAAGAUAGUGGCAAUGGUCAGAACAAAUCCAAAUAACUUUGGCAUCGGUAUCUGUCAAACCCAGCAUUCUAAUUUCUACAUCCCAUUCUUGGGACAAGGAGGUUCUUUCUUAUGAUGCAUCAAGACUCAAGAUCACUCAUAUGAUGCAUAGUGGAAGCUAUCAGCUCAUACUUAGAGUUUGGGACCUUAUUCAUGAAGAUGACAAUGCAAAUACGUUGUGCAACAUGGAGUCAUUGUUGCCAUGCUUGUCCAGCUGAGAUUUUAUGGCUCCAUGAAACAGUGAUCCCCUCCUAAUUACAAAUUCUGGGAAGAUGGUGUUGAUUUCUUUAUCUUCAGUACUAGCAAUUGGGAUGAUCCUGUUCUAAGCAUGUUCUCAUCAAGCUUUAACGGAGAACGAAUUAUGAUCUUUGUUUUGCUAAUCAAGACUGAGCUGCAAUACGCCCCUAGCAGCCUGCCUAUCAAUACUUCCAGCCUAUAGCUGUUGGACGAUCGUUUGCUAUCCAUGUCUACUUCACCAUGAUUUAAGAGUACUUCCUAUGAGUCCAACAAACGGUUGCAAACCCAGAUCUGACACAUUAAUAGGUCGCAUAGAUGAUGCAUAUUCUAGUUCUCAAGGCCCUCAGUGUGCUUAUUCCUUCUAUUAAUCGUUCCAAUGGUAAGAAUUUGUACAGCAGCUGAAAUGCACAAUAUUUGGUUUGUGUUAUAGACCAUUUAGAGAUUGUCAUCGAAAUCUGUAACUACGUUUUCUUUUCAAUUUGUAGCUUAUAAAUCUCAGUUCAAGGUUGGAGGAUA